AAUUUAUUUCCGAAGUCCCCCAGAGUAACCGGGGAUGGAAGGAAAAAAAAAAUUUCAUCGAGUUUCCCCCUUCGUCACUCCCCUGGCCGGUCUGAAAUGGAACGACCAUCUGCUCGAUCAAGAAUACGCUGCACCGGCCUCCACUCCUGACUUGGAAGCGAGUCUUGAGGUUCUCAUGCGCGGGGAUCCUCUCACCGGGAGGGUCUUUUACUACGGCAGCUGGGUUUGGAGGGUUGAACCGGGUGGUGAGGGUACCUCCCAGGCCCAUAAAGCAGCGGGGCGCGGGGUACCCUCCCCGGGCAACACUGCAGAGGCUGAGGGCCAGAACCACCCAGAUAUGGAGUUCGAGGAGUUUGCCAUCCCUGAUGACCAACCAGCGGGAGAGGCCGGGGGUUCCCAAGCCGGGACUGCCAAAACUUUCACGGUCGAACAAGAGACCGUGGAAGUCCAUGAUCUGGAUGAGCCAGAAGAUGACCGGUCGAAAGAGAAGGGCAAGGAGAAGAUCGGCCAGUGGAUAAAGAAGGUGGCCACCACACACCCUUCUUUCGCCAAGAAGAGGCAAAGGGCUGACUCUGACAUGGGCUCACAAACCAUCGAGGAGGCCUUCGUCAACCUUGGACUGAGGCUGAGGGAGGUUGGAGAAAUUGGACCCCUUACAGCUGACCGGCUGGGAUUAGGCUCUCCUUUGGAACUUGCCCGGCUGAAGAAGGAGAAAGAGGAGAUGGCUCUCAUCUUGAAGAGCCAAGCUGACGAGCUGACCAGGCUGUCUGGGCUGGCCGGGUCUAUGAAGGCCGAAAUCUCCCAACUGAAGGAGGAGAACGGCCGGCUGAUGGACAAGGUCUCCGAGGUGAAGCAAGAGAUGGCGAAGAAGGACGGGGACUUCCCCGGGCUUGCAGCUGCUUGGGUGGAAGAGAAUAAAGCUGAAGCUGCCCGGGUGAUGACGGCGACUCCAGAGACCACGAUGGAGUCCUUCAGGCUUCUGUACCGGGAGCCUGAAGGAAGGAAGAUGAUUACCGCGAUUGGAUCCUUCGGAUUCAAGAGCGGUCAAAAGAAGGACCGGAUCGCCUCUCACCGGGUAUUGCUCAGAAGAGAUCCGGACUUCAGCGCUGCAUCCUACGGCCUGACACCAAUUCCGGAAGAAGAUCCAACUCCCCCAUUCCCCCUUGAAUGAACUCCCCGGCUGAGACCGGUUGUUUCUCGUUGUAAAAACUCUAUCAACUUAUAAUUUCCCCGGGUAUGCCCGGUGUAUCUGUAAAACACAAUAUUUUGAAUCUUUGCAAUUCGAAUGUCAUGUUUUACUUUUCUCCUCGGUCACUUUUUCUCCCUUGAUUGUUUCUUGCGUGCCUUCGUUUCUGUUAUCUUACUUUAACUGGUACGCUCUGCAUUUGAUAAACAUCCGCGAGUAGAACUUGAACU